AUGACCACUGCGAUGGCUCGGCCGGAAGAUACAGUGCGCGGGCUGCGCUUGUAUCGCACCGAAACAGACGACGAAGAGAUGGAAAGCGGAACUCCCGACCCAAGUGAUUCGUUUCCGCAAAAUUCACAGCAAGAGGACUCCCCAGGUCCCGAUAAGAACGAAAGCCAAACCGGCUUUGCUUUGGGAGAGGCCCCAGCGAGUGCUAGCAAGCAUCCGGCCGGACCGAAACCGCUGACCCCAGAAGAGACAAUCGAGUUAGCACGAACUGCGGUGGAGAGCGGCAUUCAAGACACUAAGCGGUCUUUGGCAGGAAGUGAAGCUGUGACCGAUGUGGUCAAGCCGAAGUUGACUAUUGAUCUUGGCCAUUCCAACAUCAUUCGAAUUCCUGAGCCAGUCGUGGACUUGAUCAAGGAUGAGGUUGAACGAUUAUCACUCUCGAAUAACCAAAUUUUUCAUAUCCCCUAUCGCUUUGCAGAAUGUUCGCACCUGCGUUAUCUCAAUAUACGCGCGAACAAUUUCCGAGAAUUUCCCAAAGGAGUUUACAAACUUCCGUUGCUCGAGAUUCUAGAUUUGAGUCGUAACAAAAUUAAGGAGCUUCCAAACGAAAUCAGCAAGCUGAAGUCGCUUCGAGUCCUCUCGAUGAUGCAGAAUCGUCUCAACGAUCUCCCGGUUGGCCUGUCUGAAAUGCACAAGCUCCAGAUCUUCAAGUGUGCCGGAAAUCCCCUUCGACAGCCCUUCCGCGACAUUCUGGAGGAAACCGAGAAUGAGAUGACACCAUCCGGGAUGACCGAUAAUGAGAAAGAAGUUGCAGCUACCACCAAACUGAAGAGAUAUUUCAUGAAAUCUCGGCAGACCGUCACUACGCCUGAGCCAGAGGUACAUACUGAUGCGAGUGACGGAAGUUUUGAGGCUAAGCCUAUCCCGACACCAAUUCCUUCAAAGAGGAAUCUAAGUGGUCGAUUUCCUGUAAUUCCCAGCACUGGGGAUUCCUCAGCUGCUUCUUCUCGAUCUCCUUCGAUAUCGCGGCCACCAAUUCCAGCAAAGUCACACUUCAGAAUGGCCUCAGGACAACAAGGUGCUACCUACCAUAUGCCGGGACUCCAGAGGCCUCCUAUAACACCUUACAGCGUGAGUGAGCGCAAUCGAAGUAACAGCGAGGGAAUUAUUCAAGGAUCAUCUGCUGCUCGCAGCAAAAGGAUGGGGCUGAUAACUCGCAAGAAUACUGAUUUGGGUACGCUGGAUGAAACACGUCCGUAUCGAAACAGUCAUUUGCGAGGACUCAGUCAUGGCUCCGUUUUACGACCUCGUCAGCCUCCUGCGCCAAUUGCCACGACCGAAAAUCACUCUCAGAGCCCCAGUAGUCCAAGAGAGCGCCGACGCCCUCGGGAAGGGUGGGUCAACCGGAUGUCCAGUCUCCCAGAGCACAAGGGGGAGCGUGGAUCUGAUCACCCGAUAAUCAGAAGCGCGAAGGGAAUUCUAUUUGCGCUUUUCCAAGUUCACUCGCAUAUUGAUACGUUGAUUAACGUGAUCAAGUUGGAGGACACACGGCGUCAUAGCCUCGAACUUGUCUUUUAUAACGCUACUUCUCAUGUGGAUCAACUUAACGACGUUCUUGAAAAAGCAUCGUCCUCUUUACUGAAUGAUCCAGAGUCUAUCCCGUCGGUCAAGGAGACAGUGAAGCGUGAGUGCGAGACGUGCAUCGCUGCCUAUAUCCAUGUUGGCACUCAGCUACGCAACAGUGCAUCCAAGAUUGUCUCCAAUGGCGAUCCGCACUACGUGCGGUCGCUAAUGCUGAUGAUUUAUGGCAGCCUGGUGGAGGUACGGAAUGCUUGCGCGAUCCUCAAAGCGCCGCUUCAGUUUUCUAGUAAAAGCACUUCUGCCACAAAACGUCUCAUUGGUCCCAGCAAUCCUCUCCCUCCGGUACCAGAUCGACCCCAGCCGUCACUGGUCACUCCAACUAGGGACCCAGUCCCGCCAUCGCGGAGGAUGCGGAGUGAUACCACAAUUCGACACCCUCAAUACCCUAUGACAAUGACCACGUCUACUCCCAGUGGUACCAGCUCCCCUGGAUUUUCCACGCCAUACUCGCGCAGUCGCUCGAGCAGUAGGUCCAACUUGCACAGUGCGUCUAUACCGCAUGCUUUGGCUACCCCACGCUCGGGCGAAAGCUUCCCUCCCAUUCCUCUUUCCGGGGCUCCUCGGGUGAACACCUUGACAGGAUUGGACGAAAAUGAAGAAGAGCGAAUCUUCGAAAGGAUCUUCCACCAGCUCAUCUCUACACACACUGCCGCUCAUAAAGCACUACCCUUAGUCCGGCGGCAACUGAUCAGAUGCCUAGAAGUAGCCCAGCAAUCACGUGACUCUGAGGGUCUUCAACUUCUCUGGAAUAACCUCAUUCGUCGCGCUCAAGUCUGCCAGGAAGUAUCCGACGCUUUGGGGCAGCGACUCUCCAACAUGAAAGUCAAAGAACCGGGCGGCGGACUUCGUAACCAACGCGAGUUCUGGCAGCUUUGCAAAUCAUUCAUGCAGUCAUUUGUUGAUCUUGUGAAUGAAAUGCGGGAAGUAAGAAACAUGCAGCUUCUUCCCUCCGAUGUUGUCAUUCUCCUCCGCCCAGUCCAGAAGGCAAGCCGCGAAGCAGGUCGUUUGAUCGAAGUGUCUCCCUGGGCAUAUCUCGCAGAUCCAGACCGCCAUCCUCCCCCCGGCUCCAUAUACGGACCUCCUCUACAAGCCCCACACAUGCAGCACCAAACAUCCGCCUCAGCCUCAGCCAUUAUCAAUCCUCACUACCAUAACGGAUCAAUGACUCCGCAGUCUAUCACUGUCCCCGCCACCCCCCCUGAGUGCAGCGCUUGGUCCGGCUGCGCAGGCUACUGUGCCAUCCACUCCGGCAAGCGCAUAUAG